UUGGCCUUCCUGUGUAUGUAUUUGGCUGCAAUGCCAGUAGGCAAAAACGUUGUGUGCUUUUUGAGUUUGUUUAUGCACAAUCUUCCAUUUUGUUCAAUUUUGGUGGGAAGAAAAUAUGUCUAGACGAGGUGAUCGUGGAUUUAGAAACAAUUUCGUGGACGAAGGGAGGCCAAAGAGGCAGUUGCCUACUGAACCACCAUUUGUUGCGUUCGUUGGAAACCUUCCUGAACACACGGUGCAAGGAGAUGUGGAUAAAAUAUUUCAGAGUGCUUUUGAGAGAGACCAUAUUAAAUUGAAAAGUGUUCGCAUGGUUAAAGACAGAGAAACUGAUAGAUUUAAAGGUUUUUGCUAUGUGGAGUUUGAAGAUUGUAAUGAUUUGGAAAGAGCUUUAAGUGUAGAUGGGUUACUGAAUGUAGAAGGCCACUGUCUGAAAAUCGACGUUGCAGAAGAUAAGAGAGAUAAAAGAGGAGGUUUUGACAGAGGACGCGGUCGCGGAGGAGGAAAUUUUCCACGAGGAAGAGGAGGUUUUGAGGCUGGUGGUAAUUUCAAUGACCGUGGAGGACAGAGUGAUUUUCGAAAUGCUGCCGGAGGCUACGGGGCCCGAGGCGGCCGUGGCGCUGGCCCGGCAGGCCCAGGAGGUCCGGGCGGCCCAGGUCCAGGUGGAAGUAACUUUCAGGACGGUGGGCGACGAGACUGGCCGCGAGGGGCUCCCGCUGGCAGAGGGGGCGGACCGGUGAGCGGCGGUGCGGGUCCCGGCGCCUGGAAUCCCCCGAGGGACCGGCCUGUCGCUGACAGACCCAGAGAGUCCCAGCCUCCGCCACCUAGUGACGCUUCAUCGCGUCCCAGAUUGCAGCUGCAACCACGGACAGUCAAAGAGCCGUUGAACCAACUGGCGGAAACUAGCCAAGCUUCCAAGAUAUUUGGAGGAGCUAAACCUCGAGAAGAGAAAUCAUCAAGCAAAUAAGUCUACAAGACAUAUUCAACUUCAUUAGUUAUAGUAGUGUGUUACAAAUAGCUUUUGUUUGUAGCCAUAUUGUUUAAAACAUGUAGUUUCUCUUGCAAAAUUGUUUUAUUAGCUCUAUUUUUUAAUCAGUUGCCACUAGAGCCGAACUAAAUUUAUUUAAUUGUACAUACAAUAUGCAUUGUGUCUUUCAGAACAAUUUUAUAUGUAAACACUUUGCAAAUUUCGAAUACCUUAAAAAUUUGCUUGUACAAAGUCUAUUCUGGUAUGAUUGGUUAUUGUGAAUGCACCCAGUGUGUUUUUAACUUUUUGUGUUAAUGUAUGUAUGAGUACCUACUGUAGUUUUAGGAAGAAUGUAAUUUCUCUCUGUGGUUUGUAUUUGAACCAGAAUUUAGAUUAAUAACUUCAUUCUAUUUAUUAAUGUUGAGUUAUUUUUACUUUGUUGUUUUGGAACUUUUGUACUAGUUCAGUAUAACAUGGCCAUUGGUGAAAGUUGUACAGGUUAAUUUUAAGCAAAUUUACAUAAACUAAUAGCGUCUGACUGAUAAAUUACAGAAUGAAAGUUCUGGAUGGUUAACACUAAUACUACAUAAUAGAGGAAUUAAUUUAUUUCUGGAAAUUGACAUUUAGACAAUGGUGUUGAGUGGAACAUAUUGAUAACUGUAAGUUUUUUUAAUGUUACAGCUUUUGAUUUGUUACUGGUGGUGUGUAGGUAUUAUUUAAUGUCUUGUUUUAUCAAAUUUGUUUUAUUUCAAUCCUUCUUGUAAGUAGAAUACUAUGUGCAUAAAUGAUAUGUGUGAAGAGCUACACUGUAUCACAGAUGUAUGUACUAUAUACCUAUAAAUAGCCAAAAUAUAGUUUUCAAGUAAUUCAUUAAAGUAAUUGUAUUUUUUUUUUUUUUUUUUUUUUUUGGCUACAUUUAGUUUAAAUUCUAUGAUAUAAAUAUUGUUUCUGUUUAUGGGUGGAUUUUUUUUGCUUAUUUACCUACUUUUUAAGUAACAAAUUAAUGUAGUGAUCUGUUUGCUUGAUUUUUCUACUGGUGUGUUUAUAAUAAAUGUUAAUUCUUAGAGCUGUUAUGAUUUAUUUAUGUACCUAACUGGUAUGUUGUGAAAUAGGAAACAUGUUCAGUAGAUGACCAUAAUUCCAUAGUAAUUUAAAUGAAUACCUAAUUUGCUACUGUUACCCGCUAACUACAUACUAGGAGUCUGCAUAUAAAUUUUUUUUUAUAUUCAUGAAUAAUUUGACAUUCGAUUCAACUUUGAAAUGAAAUACAUACAUACAUAUAUAUAUUUAUUUAUUUAUUUUAAUUAUUCAUUAAAACAAAAGAAAAUAUUACACUUUAUUGAGAAAUUAAGACUUUUGUGGAACUAUAUAUAGAUUUUAUUUACAUAAAACAAAUAAUCUGUUAUGAUUUUAAAUGUCUAAUAAUGCUAUUUUUUUUCUAAUCAGUUGGAUCAACAAAACAAUUUUUAAUUUUACAUUUCUCGAUUAUGUUUCCACACAUAUAAGUUUUAUGUAUAAAUCAUAUUACUAUAUGUUAAAUCACUUGACUUAUAUAAAGUGUAAAAAUUUUAUAACUUUAUUUUAAUUUUAAAUAUUAGUGAAUAUUUUGAUAUUUUAUUCGAAUAAGAAACAAUAUAAGCAGAAGCCUAGCUACCAAAACCAAAAUAUUUUUUAACGAGCUUGUGAAAGCUAAGUAUUUUAUAAAUACGAUGAAUGUUGUGCAUGGCAAGCUGGUGAUGUGUACCAGGUUUCCGGUAGUUUAUAUGGCGUAGGUAUAUAAUAUUCUCGUGGUUGCGAGAAUUGUUGGCUUUGAGCAGUUUUGUUAAUAGAGUUUGAACAAAAUUUAUUGAAGAGCAUUUUUCUUGUUUUGCAGUUCAACCUAGGUACCUGUUCUGAGCAAUGUCUAGUAAUUCUAUUGUCGGGCAGCUAGCUUACUGCCCUCAAUUGGACUCUACUGAACAGUUGCUAGGAUGUUUUGUUCUAUCUUGAGUGUGCUGCUGAGUGAAGACAUUAUUCAGUUUUAAUAGGGUUGAAGCAGCAAUAUUGCAGCAUAUUUUGGUAGCAUGACAGACUGUUGCAGUUUUGGGGUGAAUGUGACUCCUACAUAAUUGUGAAUAUUUUUGUGAAGUUGUUCCCAGAUAAAGUGUUUAAUGGCUGUAUAUUGAGUGUUUUCUGGGCUUAUUCUGAGGGAUAGGGUAGCGGACAGGGAGGGAUUGUUUGGUGUGCCGUCUGCUUUUUGAAUUUUAUGAUUUGUCAGAACCAUUCAAAUAUUAUUUUAUUUGAUAUAAAAUGGGAAUUUCUGUAGAGAUUAAAAAAAAAUACAAAUACAUACAUGAUAAUAAUGGGUGGUGUGUAUAAUUAAGUGGUUUUGGCUGUUUUAAUUGCAAAUGUGAAUUUUUUUUAGUCAUUCAUGAGCAUGUUUGGUAUGAAGUGGAAUUAGCUUAUGCACGAUUAGUAAUGUAAAUAUGAAUUACUGCACUGGAAAGUUUCUCUCACAGUUGCCUAAAUUAAUUUCAAAUGUUGCAUAGUUAUCUUGGUUAGGUAUUUGAUUAGGCAGUCUAGAUUUUUUUUACUUUGUCGGGUAUUGAGUUUGGUCAACCUGUCUUUAGUUUGUUCGUACAAGUUUCAUGUAGGCAAAUGGAUGGUGCUGAAAAAAGUUCAUAAAUUUGGGAUUGAAGUACAGUGAAAUGUGUUAAAUGUGUCAGGCUUGAUAUCAUAGCCAUGCAGGAUUAGCUAUUUUACUGAAUUAUUGAACGUCAGUACAGUUUAACGGGAAUACCAAAGCAAAAUUAGUUUGUACAGUACAAUGGUAAAUGUACAGAUGAGAGUUGGUCUUCAAAAGAAAAACUUUGCAGGAAUGUACCCAAGAAAUGUAAAAUGUAACCUGCUAGAAAACAGGAAACACUAUUGAUAUGAAAACCAACAGUUACUAUAAACUCUGAGGGAACCAUAAACACUGGUGAAGGUAAACAGCUAGUGGCUGGAUUGGUUGUUUGUGGAUUGCAGAAUGUGCCGACUGAUUUAACUGUACUUCCCGAACAGUAUUUUUUUAAUGUGCUGUUUUUCAAAGCUUAUUGUAUCACUGCCAGUUCUUGUAGGCUUGCUGGCACCAGAUUGUGUUUUGGGCUUUUUUCUUUGCGUUUAUUCUGCUGCUGACCCAAUGGUUUUGAUUCUUUGGACGUAAUGUAAAGAGGCAUUAUAGUUUAUGUAAGGCUAUUAAUUAAAAAAAAGUGCUGUAAAUUUUGACUUUUUCAACUUAUAUAAUGCCUGUAUCUUAACAGUCUUUUAAAUACAAAUUAUUUUUAUCCAUUUUAAUUCGUGUGAUAAAAAUUUUAGAAUUCAACUUGGAGUAACAGUAUUUUCCUGUUUAAUUAAAAACCUGAAAUUACAAUUUGAAAAGUGGUAAAAUUAUUUUAAAAAAAGGUGGAGAAUUCUUAAAUGUAUGUAACAUUAUUACCAUAAUCAGUGUAAGGGAUUGGGGGGGGGGGGGAUAUAAGGGUGGACGGAAGCAUAAAUAAAACAGCAACAAAAAAAAUAUUGAUUUGUUUUGUAUGCAGUGUUAGGUCUGGCAUAUCUCAUAACUAAAAGCUCUUGUUUCAAAAAAUAAUGCUAUGAUCAUGAGUUAGUUAAGCGAUAAAAUUGCAACUAAAGCAACUGAUUUGGUGCUUAUUUGUAGGAGUAGAUGUUAACAUAAUUUAUGUUUUCAUUUUUUCUGUAGUAUGUAAGGAUAACCAUGCUGCGAGCACACAUUUAUAAAAUGGACUUAGCAUAUAUGUAUAUACUUUGGUAGCAUGGCACAACUCUAGUUCACCUUGGAAACUGUGUAAAAUUGUGUGAAUUUACUUGGCAACCAAUUCUAGCACACAAGGGAGAAGCAUGACUUAAUUGACCUGCAUUUCUCUACAUAUCCAAUAGCGCACAAAUAUUUUUACUAACUAGUAACUUGUGUGCAGAUCUUACAUAAUAUGUUUAUUAUAAAUCAGGUGUUUUUUUAAAUAUAAAUUUAGUUCUUGAAAAUUGACUUUCCUUUCGGUUGCCAAGGUUACAGACUCCAUUUUGGGAACCAACUUACAGUAAUAAAUUCUUGUUCUCAGAUAUCUCCUAAAAUGAUUCUUUAGCAUAAAGGAUCCUUGAAAAAUACAUCUGGAAGGAUGUGAGACAUUUUUGUUACCUUCUAAUUAAUUGCAAGGAUCUUCACAGAAGUGCUGCUGCAGCCUUCUGUGAAAGAAUGAGUUGCUCACGUUUUUUCAAGCAUCUUCGUGGCUUUGAGGAACGACACUAUCUUGUAGUUAUUGUAAUGUUAGUCUGUUGCCAAGCCAGCCAACUGCUGUCUACAGCCUCUUAAGAUUUUUUUUUAUCUCCGUCAUAUGAACUACUUAAACAUGUGAAAAUUGAAAAUUUGUAAACCAAAUGACUACCAAAAAAUAUGUUUUCUUUGUUGAUAUGCCAGGUUGUGUUUGCAUCAAAAUAAUUAGGAUAUCCUUUCACUGGUAGUUUCUCACUGAAAGCAGCCGUGACAUUCUGGGAUCCUUUGGUUAAUGCUGCACUGUUACAUAUCCUUACUCUUCUGAAACAGCGAUAGCUUGUCUCUCAUAUUUAUACUGACAUUUUAUAGAGACAAGUUGUUGGUUUUAAUGCUGUCUUGGGUUGAAAUAAAAUACUUAUCAAGAAUUCAAAAAUCUUCUGACUUAGCACCACUGUACAAUGCAAAUAUUAUAAUAACCAUCUUAACCUAAUGUUCAAAAUUUGUCCAUAGCACUGGAUUUCAAAGUCUCACAUUUCAGGAAAAUGAAAUGCUUUCAAAAGAGAUUAUUAUUUUUUAAAUAAAUUCCAAUUAUAUUUGCAUGUGUUGCAAUUUUUUUAUUGAAAAGUUCUUUAAGCUUGGACAGUAUAUACUUUUAAAAAUUGUAACAAGUAGGUACAUUUAUUAGUCUUGAUAUCUAGCUACAUCUCAUUUGUACGAACAUAACAUUAGCUAAGUGUAACUUACUGCUGACUAAGGUUUUCUAAUUAUGACGAGUGUAAAUGUUUUUGCUUUUUAUUUUGUUGUUGAUUGAAGUUUUGUAUCAUUUUAUUUCUUAACAAUUUUAGUGCCUUUAAAUUAUUAUUAUUUUGCAUUUUUUGUUGCUGUUUGUCUUGUGGGUGUAAAAUGUGAGGUGUUUUUGUAGGAAAAAAAUAGUUGAGAAGAUAGUUGUUACAAUUUGAUAACAUUGGAUAUAUUUAAGUUAAGAGUAAAACAUUGAGUCCUUUGAGUUAAGACUGGUAUUAAUUGAUCAGCAAAAUUCUGGCCUUAUGUUUCCACAAGGUGUUGCUAAAGAAAUUGUGUUUAAACUAAGUCCAAAAAAAUAAAGAGUGGUAGCAGUAACUAGUGUUUUGAGGCAAAUUGAGAAGAAGAGUCUGAUAUACUGUGAGUGAAUCAUACAUUUUUUAAAAAAAAAGUGAUCUAAGAGACAAGUGAUUAUUGAUGCAGCAACAAGAAAAAUUAUUCAAGGAAAAAGAGUUCCUUAAAAAAAGUUUUUAUUGUAUAGCACCAGGAAAUGAACACUAAUGAUUCUUCAAAUGGGAAUUUUAAACAUCCAUAUGGAUCAGAGUUGUCAUGCUUGAAUUGCACUCAUAAGACAUGAAAAAGAGAACUGCUAAUUAGUUUUACAAUAAUCAACUAAUUGUUAGGAUAUUCCUAUACAUGUACAUAUAAUAAAGCUGUGAGAAGGGU